AUGGAAGACACAUUAACAAUGUUGGCUGAUAUAAGUGAAAUGAAUGAUAGCGUUGAUUCUUUGAAUGGAUUUAAAAUUCUUCUGCAACAGUCCCAACAGUUGGAACAUGAACUACAACUUAUUCACACUUGGACCUACUGGAGUGAUAUUUUUCAUGAUGGUUGUAGAUUUACUUUGGCAAAUAUUUACUGCUAUUUUUAUGACAAUGCAAUGGCCAGAAGAUUUUAUUUUAUUUCUAAGGCUGGUGAGGUAGCUUGUGUGGAUCAACAACAACAAUGCUCAAGAUGUGGCCAGUUUAAUUAUGCUACAAAUUCAGGGAAUAUUAAUAUUGUUUCAAAGGUAUCCAAAUAUAUCUGCUUAAUUGUCCAUGCUUCAAUUGUUGGGACACAAGAGCUAGUGAGGAUUAAUGAUGGCAAGAAGAAGCAAGCACCAAAUAUAUAUGUACCAAUGGAUAGUUAUUGGUUUUGUAUGGUUCUGACAGCAAACUACUUCCAGGUUUCAAAGUUUUGUACAUCUCUUGUAGUUGCUAGUUUGCACAGAGAACAUGGUGAUGAUAGAGUGGUCAGAAGUGAAUCUCUUUUAAAAGUCGUUGGAGAGAAUGUUGUGUGGUUUAGGAAUCUUGAGCUGAAUUUUUUGAAGAGGCGGCAAUUUAAUUUAAAAUGUGUUCGACACAAUUAUGAAAAUGAUUUCAUCUAUGUGCUUAUCUUUGAAUGUCAAAACUUUUCUGUUGUGGUUAUUCUUUAUAGGAAGAUGAUCAAUUGGGGAAAUGUUCGAGAUGCUAAAAUUCUAAUCAAAUGGAAAGCUUUGCCUCUUAAACAUGACAGCUGUGAUUGUUCAUCCUUGAGGACAAGGAUGUUUGAAGGGGAGGAUAUUGUUACAGGAAUUACUAUUAAGUAUUAA